AUGGUGACAGAAAAGAGGUUGGCAACACCCUUAUCAAGAGAUGAGCUGAUCGAUUUCAUGCAAUCAGUCGUUUUGAAUGAACAACAACAUGAAAUGGAUCCAUUUUACGUGCUUGAUUUGGGUGUUGUCAACUCCCUGGUUGACACAUGGACUCGUAAUCUUCCAAUGGUUCAACCAUUCUAUGCUGUAAAGUGCAAUCCCAGCCCCGCUUUCCUCAAAGAAAUGGCAGCUCUGGGCACUGGCUUUGAUUGUGCAAGCCGUGCUGAGAUUGAGACCAUUUUGUCUCUAGGGGUUUCACCUGAUCGGAUCGUUUUUGCGAACACAUGCAAACCCGAGUCUCACAUCAAGUAUGCUGCUAAAGUUGGUGUUAACUUAACUACUUUCGAUUCCAAGUGUGAGCUCGAAAAGAUUAAAAAAUGGCAUCCGAAAUGCGCCCUGUUGAUCCGAAUCAAAAUCCCGGAAACUAGUGGUGCGACACUUCAAUUCGGUUCCAAAUUCGGUGCACUCCCUGAGGAAAUCGUUUCUCUUCUCCAAGCAGCUCAAGCUGCACAUCUCAAAGUUGUGGGUGUCUCAUUCCAUAUUGGUAGCAGAGCCAUUAACUUCCUUGCAUUUGAAGAUGCCAUAGCUGCAGCUAAGACAACAUUUGAAGCAGCAGCCCAACUUGGCCUGCCUAAAAUGCAUAUCCUGGACAUUGGCGGAGGCUUCACAUCAGGUCCAAAGUUUAUUGAAGCAGCCUCAGCAGUGAAAGUUGCUCUACAAAAAUAUUUCCCUAAUGAGCCUGCUGGCUUCACAAUUAUAGCAGAACCUGGUCGUUUCUUCGCAAAAACGCCGUUCACAUUAGCUACAAGCGUUAUAGGGAAGCGAGUUAGGGAUGGCAUCAAAGAGUAUUGGAUCAAUGAUGGGAUCUGGGGGUCUAUGAGCUUUUUGAAAUAUGACCAUGAUGAUGUGAUUUGCUCUCCUCUAGCCAACUGUGGCAGCAACAAAACCACCACAUUCAAAGGGCUUAAGACAUAUGAUUCCAAAGUUUUUGGACCGACAUGUGAUCCUCAAGAUAUGGUUUUGGAAGGUUACCAGCUGCCAGAACUGGGCGUGAACGACUGGCUGAUCUUUCAUAACAUCGGUGCAUAUAGCUCUUCUUGUGGGAAUGAUUUCAAUGGGUUCAAAACCUCAGCCAUUCCAACUUAUCCAGCCAUAUCUGAUAAAAAAUAAUCCCCUAAAAGUGGUUGGGCAUUGCUAGCUCCUCUAUAGUGUCACAUUAAUUAGCUCUCAAGUCUACUGCAAUAAGUGAUUAUGAUUUGCUUUCUGAGAAGAGGUUUUUGUCCUCUUUCUCUUACGAAAGUUUAGGACUGCUUCAUUAUCUAUGGCUACCU